AUGACGUGUCCUAGGAAGGAGCAUUGGCAGGCAGAGAAAUGGAUUAUGAGGUAUUUGAAGGAUACUGUAGAUGUUGGUCUCAUAUUUGACAAAGCCAAGAUGAGUGAUUUAUUUGUUGGCUAUGUGGAUUUAGAUUUUACAGGGGACUUAGACAAGAGGAGAUCUCUGACAAGUUAUUUGUUUAGUCUCUCUGGAAGUGCUAUUAGUUUGAAGGCAACAUUGCAAGCUAUAGUUGCUUUGUCUACUAUAGAGGCUGAAUAUAUGGCUUUAGCAGAGGCAGUAAAGACAGCUUUAUGGUUACAGGGUUUAGUGGGUAAUCUUGGUUUGACACAAAACAAGCCAAUCAUAUUUUGUGACAGCUAG